AUGACAGUGGAACGCAUAAAAACCCAACAUGCGUUAAUUGUGGAGGACUAUUUGGACAGAAACUAUACCAUCAUGUACACUGAUGCAUCUCUAUCUGAAGACAAAACUGGCUGUGGAAUCUUUAUUCUAAAUACAAACGCUGGAUACUCUUUUCAUACUCCCUUCAAAUCGUCGUCUGCUUUCGGUGAACUGCUAGCCAUAGAGGAAGCAAUUGACAUAGCCACUCACAAUGAAUAUUUCUCCUUAGUCAUUUUUACUGAUAGCUUAAUUUCAUGUCAAACUCUCAAAAAUAGAAAAUCCAACAAUAGUAUAGCGGUAAGAAUACACAACAAGAUAAGCCAGAACCUCUUUCGCAGUGUACAAAUUAGAUGGAUUCCCAGUCGCAAGAAUAUACCAGGUAAUGACAAGGCGGAUGAGCUAGCCAAAAAAUCGAUCGAACUCAAUAGCAGUAAAACAGUUAAACUAAAAAUUGACGAAGCAUGCAAACUGACUAAAAAUAGGAUAUAG